CAUGACUGUGGCUUCUGCGGUGGGCGGCACGCCAGUAUCUACUGCCAGCGGGCCAAAGCCCUUAGGGGAAAAGGGGGAUACCAAGGCCCGGGAGGGGCAAAGGGCCCAGCAGCCACGGCUGGAAAAGGGCCCCAGCCCAAUUAAAAUCCCGGUGCUCCGGAGGCUGCUGCGUGACUACCCCAACAGGGAGCGCGCACGCUAUAUUGAGGAUGGUUUUGUGAAGGGGUUUAGGAUUCCGUGCCAAUCCAGGCGGGUCCAUAGUUUUGCACGCAACCUAAAAUCGGUUAGGGGGAUGGAACACAUAGUAGCGAAAAAGAUAGCCAAGGAGGUGUCUCUGGGGAGGGUGCUGGGCCCCUUUGACAGGCUGCCACUGCCAACAUUGCGGGUAUCCCCUUUGGGCGUGGUCCCUAAGAAGGCGCCGGGAGAGUAUAGGCUUAUCCACCACCUGUCCUACCCAAGGGGCGACUCGGUUAACGAUGGGAUACCGGCGGACCUUUGCUCAGUACGGUAUACAUCGUUUGAUGAGGCUGUGGCCAUGAUCAGGGGCUGCGGGCCUCGGGCACUGAUGGCGAAGUGCGACAUUGAAUCCGCCUUCCGCCUCCUGCCCGUGCACCCUGAUGACUUUGACCUUUUGGGCUUCGCAUUUAAAGGGAGAUUUUACAUCGACAGAGCCCUCCCCAUGGGAUGCUCGGUCUCCUGUGCGGCCUUUGAGGCUUUCAGCUCUAUGCUGGAAUGGGCACUGCGCCGGAGGGCGGGGCUACGCUCCUCCGCUCACUAUUUAGAUGACUUUAUUUUCGGAGGAAGGGAGGGCUCUGGCCAAUGCCUACACUUACUGCGCUCAUGCAGGGCACUCUGCGGGGAUCUGGGGGUGCCACUGGCUAAGGACAAGACAGAGGGCCCGACCACGAAGCUUACAUUUCUGGGGAUAGAGCUGGACACGGUGGGACAGCUCUCACGCCUCCCCGGGGACAAGCUCAGCAUCAUGAGGGAAUUGCUCAGGGAAUGCAGAGAGGCUAGGAAGGUAACGCUACGCAAAUUGCAAUCGCUGGUUGGCCACCUGAACUUCGCUUGCAGGGUGGUGGCUCCAGGCCGCCCCUUUCUAAGGCGCCUGUGUGACACCAUGGUGGGGUGUAAUCGACCCCAUUUCCUCAUUAGGGUGUCUACCGCCAUGAGGGAGGAUAUGGGGCUCUGGCUCAGGUUCCUGGAAUCCUUUAAUGGGGUGUCAUUCUGGCGUUCUUCCCAGCUGCUCGAGGCCGACUUCCAGGUUCAGUCAGACGCCGCGGGCGGCCUUGGGUUCGGCCUGUACCUGAGAGGGCGCUGGUGCGCGGAACGAUGGCCGGGCAGCUGGUCGGAACGGGGAAUCACAAGGGAUCUCACCUUCCUCGAACUCUUCCCCAUUGUGGUGGCGGUGCACAUUUGGGCCGAGUCCUUCAAGGACUCGGUCGUGCGUUUCUGGUGCGAUAAUUUGGCCGUGGUUCAGAUUAUUAAUAGCCAGACUUCCAAAUCACAGAGGGUGAUGGGGCUGGUGCGGGCCCUGGUUCUAACAUGCCUUCGCCAUAACACGCUCUUCACCGCCCAGCAUGUUCCAGGGGUGCAGAACGAGGUGGCAGAUGCCCUGUCUCGCUUCCAGAUGCAGCGCUUCCGGAAGCUGGCACCUGGAGCCGCCAAGGAGCACGAGCAGGGCCUCAGUCGGCUGGGCCAAGGGCGGCCGGGCAGCGCGCAAGAGUCCUCAUACUGGGCCAUUCCUUCAUUUUCUGGGCACGCAAGUGGGCACAGAGCGCCGACCCUGGAACCCAGCUUGGUUUGGGGCGUUGGGCCACUGUGGAGUGGCUUGGCCGGCGGGGCAUGCGGAGGGCCCAGUUCCUGCCGAUGCUGCACGAGUUCCUGGAAGGGAAUCCUGUCCCGGAUGUCCUGCUGCUGCAUUUUGGAGGCAACGACCUGGUGGACCAGUCUGGCAUUUCGCUCUCAAGACAGAUUGCCCAGGACCUGGUGGUCGCCCUCUCCUGGUGCCCGGGGCUGGUGGUCAUCUGGUCUGACAUCACUCAGCGGCGAGUCUGGAGGGGGGCGGUGAAGCAGAACAAGGUAGAUAGGGCUAGGCGCGGGGUGAACGCGGCCAUGGCGCGCUUCAUCGCCUCAAAGGGGGGUGGGUGCAUCCCACACAACGACAUCGCGUUCUCGCUCCCCCAGUUAUUCAGGGGUGAUGGGGUGCACUUGUCCCCCCUUGGUAUGAGGUAUUUCUUAGACGAUCUGCGGCUGGGGUUGGCAACAGUGCUGUUAGGCCUGUGGGGUGGCGGGGCGUCAAGCUAGGCUGACGCCCGCUGUGGCGGGCACAGUGCGGAGGUGAGCGGCUGAUGCGGUGCGGCACCUUAGGUAAGCUUUAGCUGUAAGGUGGAGGGGCAGAUCCCUUGAGGCUUUACAGAUCAGGGAUGCUGCCUUGCUCCCACCUCCCUGCAACCGACACCCUUCCGUAUGGCUUUACAGCGUCGGACAGGUGAUGUAAAUUGCAGGGUCCUGACCUUAGGUCGGCAACGAAGGGCGCCCCCUUCUGGAAGGUGGGCCGCCUGGAGCCGAGGUGUCUGUGCCAUGAGAUUCUAGGGCGGGGGUGGCCACGUGGUGCCCCCCCCAUCCGAGCCCGCACUGUUGCUGCUCUGAAUGCCAACCCCAGCUGCCGUGCCUGUGCAGGCACUGUCUUAAAACCUUGUACCCCUAAUAAAGUGACCAGUUCCUCCAUAAUA